AUGAAGACCUUUAAACUUCAGCUCGACUACGUUCUGACGAUGAACAUCCCUCAGUCGGAUAUCCGAAAAUCCAGAGCUGUUUGGGACGUUGCUUCUGACUCUGACCACCGUCAAGUUCUUUCGGGCAUUGAGUUACGGCUCCACAAGAGGAACCGAAGAGUACCUCCCCAACCGAAAAUCGACAAGGCAGGUGUGAAAGACGGAAAAUGCAGAACGAAUUUCCGCGUGUGUCUAUUCAUGUUGAAAUACGGGCUAGGAAGAAGCUUCGACGCGGAUUCCUUCACGAAGUGCACCCAGGACGCUGCAAGGGAAACGCUAACUGUUCAAAUGCCGCGGAAGAAUUUUGCCUUCGCAUCUGCGGAGACAAGAUUCACGUACAAUUCUGUAUGUGUCGCACUAGCGAUUUCAACCAAGAAAGCGUCUUAG